AUAUUGUUGUAGAGCGCGGUGCAUCAGCUCCACUGUGUGAGAGGAGGCGAGCUGUGGUGGCUACACUCAGCUGUGUAUUCCCGAAAAAAGAAUCAAUAUGCGCUGAAAAUAAACUUCAAUCGGAAAGAUCGAAAAGCGCUAAUCGUAAAUAGGUGGCUCCCACACUUCGGCCAGGUGGAAUAGUUGGCACGGCUCGCACCAAAACAACCAGUGGUCCAACGUGUUUGAUGAGUUGCAGUCAUGGCAACAGAAGAAAAGAAAGCAGACACUGAGGCAAAUAAAACACAUUCAUCAUCAGCACCAGCCACAAAGUCUGCUCCAGUCAAGCCAAACUAUGCCCUGAAGUUCACACUCGCAGGACACACAAAAGCGAUAUCGUCUGUUAAAUUCAGCCCGAAUGGUGAAUGGCUGGCCAGCUCAUCGGCUGACAAACUAAUCAAAAUAUGGGGAGCGUAUGAUGGAAAAUUUGAAAAGUCUCUCUCUGGACAUAAACUUGGUGUAUCAGAUGUGGCAUGGUCCUCAGACUCAAAUCUUUUGGUGUCUGCAUCAGAUGACAAGACUCUGAAAAUUUGGGACAUGGGUACAGGUAAAUGCCUGAAGACAUUGAAAGGCCACAGCAACUAUGUAUUUUGUUGUAACUUCAACCCUCAAUCAAACCUGGUGGUGUCUGGAUCGUUUGACGAGAGUGUGCGGAUUUGGGAUGUCAAGACUGGCAAGUGUCUAAAGACCCUCCCAGCCCAUUCUGACCCUGUCUCUGCUGUUCACUUUAAUAGAGAUGGCUCUCUGAUAGUGUCCAGUAGCUACGAUGGCCUCUGCCGAAUGUGGGACUCUGCUUCAGGACAGUGUCUGAAGACUCUUAUUGAUGAUGACAACCCCCCUGUCUCAUUUGUGAAGUUUUCACCCAAUGGCAAAUACAUACUGGCUGCAACCCUGGAUAAUACUUUGAAGCUUUGGGACUACAGUAAAGGAAAGUGUCUGAAGACUUACACUGGACAUAAGAAUGAGAAGUACUGUGUGUUUGCCAAUUUCUCUGUCACUGGAGGCAAGUGGAUUGUCUCAGGCUCUGAAGACCACAUGGUGUACAUCUGGAACCUGCAGACCAAAGAAAUAGUGCAGAAAUUACAGGGGCAUGCAGAUGUGGUGAUUGCAACAGCAUGUCAUCCUACAGAGAACAUCAUAGCAUCCGCGGCUCUGGAGAACGACAAGACCAUCAAACUGUGGAAGAGUGAUUGCUAAAGUAGAGGACUUUUUAGAGACGUCUGGCGUCUGAGGAGUUAUGAGGAAUGUAUGCUGUGUUCUUGAUGAUGGUUUGGACAGUUUAAUAGUGCAGGUUAACUGAGAGAGGGGCUGGUCCAGUCUGCUCAGAAAAUUGACAAUCUCCCAAUGCACUGUUCCCUCUUUAUGAGGUAUUUUUAUAUGGUAAAUCAUCUUUACAGUCUUUUAUGAGUUCUUUGAGGAUACAUUGUUGGUAUCUAUUGAGUGAGGUAUCAAAUCAGGGCCCAGGAGCAUUCUACUACUGAGAUGAUCUUAAUAUGAACUGGCUUUAGUGCUUUAUAAUGUGGUUUCUGCAAAAAAGUGAAAAGAAGGAAAUGUGGACGAUUGUAACCUUUGUUUUUCAUGGUUUGCAAUUUUGUUGGAACGGGUUCAACAUGAGGGACUGGAUAUUCAUUUAUGAAUAGCUAACUGUGUAGUUAAUUAACUGUUCUGUUAAUAGGCUCCUGUAGGGUGAAGUGUGCCCGGCCUCUACUUUUAGGCCUUGUGCUUGUAAGCCUUAUGCACUUACCAAAUAGAAUGUGGAAACUAACUAGCAUCUUAGUUUAAUUCACUCACAUGCUGAUAUCAGAUAUCAGCAUUGCAAUAAGACCAUAGUACUUUCAGUUUUCAUGCAUUUGUCAGUUUUUUUUUUUUACUUGUUUUCUUUUACACACCCUUUGAGUUUCAGCCUAUUUCAGUAUUCUGCCUACCAUAUCUAGCUUGUGUGAGAAGCUAUGAAACAGGUGUACUUUGAAAUGUAUUUAUGUGAGGUUUCCUUUUAUUUUGUCUGUACUGAUUUAAUAUAGAGAAAUCGAAUGACUCGUUCUAUAAAACUCUAAUGAAGACAACACAAUGUUGUUCAGAAUUGAGAAUUUAAUAGUCCCUUUAACAAUAAACAUUGUAUGAUAGGGCAACACACAAUUCACUCUCAUUUUUACUAAUAUAUAAAAAAAAUGUUUUCUGCAAUUUCCAGGUGAAGCCCAAUGAAACAAAAGUAGCAAAAUAACUGGGGAAAAGUUUAAAUGGCAGCCUCUCCCUUAGUCCUGUUCUUAGGGCAUGCUCCCCUCCAUUUUAAAAAUCAACAUUUACACCAAUAAUGUAUGCAACAUUCAAUAGAAUUAAAGACAACCGCAUUGGAUUAAAAGGUUAAAAUUACAAUUAUACAAAAAUAGAUUUUUUCUUUAAAUCCAUCUCUAAUUAUUUGCUCACACGAUGACCUGGUUUUCUUGGGGAAAGCCCACCAAAAGCAGAGUAGCUGCAGCAGGAUUCUAUCAGCUGAGACAGCUGGUCUAGUAAACCCUGUUUGACUUGCCCACCAGGUUUUCUUCCACUACCUAGGACUUUUCCAGAGUCAGACCUUUAGACUAUUGGGCUGGAAUUGCAAGAAGAGGUAUUAUGUUCUUCUUACCUGUUUGCUGGUGUGGCGUAGUUUAAAGCCUAAUGACUGUUUUAAAAAUGAUUUGUUACUGAGGGGCAAGAUUUUAGGCAAAAAGAAAAUCAGGUAAAAACAUUUAACCCUGGGCAACAUAUGAGAGAAUUCUUUUAUUAAUAACUCUUUUUGUUUUCUUGUGUGAAGAAAAAGUAUGUAUACAAUUUAUCUGUAUAUGAGCCUGAGUGGUAGCCUCUACUUUCACUGAGUUAAAUACUGUGACUGUUGAGACUGGUGAUUGAUCAGAGACUCUGAACUUCAAUAUCAUCACUUUUUGUCAUAAGAACACUGUUUUAGUUUAGCGUGGCUCAGCCUGCAAUUUUAGAGGUUCCUUUGCAGAGUGGCUUCCGGCAAACAUAACCACAAUUUGCUGUUCUUUUGUUCCUUAUCGUACGCAAAAGUCAUUGCACAACAGGACUAAUAUUACUACAUACAAAAUUUGUUUCAGCACGUUUUAUACUGUUGCAUCAACCUGAGGUCUGAAAAUGGUCAUUUUGCAAUGCUGGCCAAAUCUGACAAACAAUGCUUUUUUUUUUUUUUACAUUUUCAAAUUCAAAAUGAUUCACUGUUAAAAGUUUAGACAAUGAUUCACUGUCUAAGCUGUACCGUCAGCUCUUAAACACUAGGGGGCAUACUAAGCUCUUCCCAAACCUUACAUAUCCCUGAGGCCAGACCAUCAUCUGGAUUCUCUUAACUAAUUGCAUAUUUUCAUAGCACAAACGCUGCCUUGCUGGGAAUCAUCAGAUGAUAUAUAAACGCAUUGAAAAUCUUUGGAAAUGCUUGAUACAUAAUUGAGAUGAAUUAUAGAGGCAAAACAAUAGAGAAAUCGAAUGUCUUCUAAAUAUUUUACACAACUCUAACAAUGAAUCAUUCUUUUUUUCUAUAAUAAAACUUGAGUCAGGCCAAGAGCACACCUGCUUCUUAUUCUUGCUAGACCAUUCUGUCAUUCAUAUACCUCUUCCAAAAAGAGAAGUACUUUCUACUACGGCCAAACAACACUGCAGUUUCCUCCUUGUGGGAACUGACUUCUGGCAGCCUUGCUAAUGUCAACACUGUUUGACAAAAAAAAAACAAAAAAAA